CGGAAGUGUGCAUGCGCGACAUUGAAGAGCAGUGAUGUUGAGAAGAGCUUUAUUUUCUCUUUAUCAGGGAAGAAUAGCGGCGAAUCACACACGUGAUCCGAGACUGCGGCCCCCAAAAUGCACGGACAGAGUUUCCGGUUCCGGUCUGAGGCCCUGCCUAGUGAAUCACAGAGUGUUUGGGACGAGUGGAGCAAGUCUGUGUGAGCAGAAGAAAGAUGGAGAGAGGACUGAGGAGCCGCAGGUGGAGUCCAGGGUGAGGGACGAUGUUGAGGAUGACCGUGUGAAGUGUGAGGUGAAAGUCGGAGGCUUGGAGAAGAGCGAUGAAGCCUUAGUGAAGGCAUUGUGUGACAAAUCAGCAGAAGGAAAAGAGACCAGACCAGAGGUGAUGAGUCAGAACACAGCUGAAAUACCGGUGUCUGACCCGACAUCAGCGGUGGCGCAGAAAACAGCGGAGAAGACGGGAAAACAGGGUCUCCUGGAGCUGCUGGGGGCCAUGAAGGUGGACACAACAACCAAAACCAAGCUGAAAUCCUUCAGGAAGGUGACAAGUGAACAAGAGAGUGUGGGGAAGCUGAAGAGAGUGGUGAUGGAGAAAACGAGCAACAUGUUUCAGCAAGCUACAGCAUCACACAGUGCGUCUCUGAGUCCUGAGCUGGUUGCUGCUGCCUCUGCCGCUGCGUCCACGCUUCCUGAUCGCUCUCGAGCUGAAUCUGAACUCCUGAAGCAGCUGCGUAAACAUGAAGCCGUGUCCGAGGAGAAGAGACGCACCGAGACACAGAACAUCGGGAGCAUCAUCGCUGAUAUGAAAGUGGGGAAGAAGCCGGUUGGCCGACUGAACAGCUGGCCAGCCAAUCAGAUCCGGUUUGAUGAUGAUGGGCGGGGCUACACACAUGACCGUGGCAUUACAGGAGAGCUGGCCGAAAUCCGCAGAAGGAAUUCUGCUUUUACUGCAAAGAGGCUGAACAUCUUCAGUGCUGCAGAUCAGAACACACAAAGUGACCUGGUGGUAGGGCCCUCCCUGUGGGACUCUGAUUUAGCCAAUCAAAUCGUCCGGGCGGUGAAUCAGAGACCUCGUAACGGGUUUGAGGAAAUGAUCCAGUGGACGAGGGAAGGAAAACUGUGGUCAUAUCCCAUCGACAACCAGGCAGGAAUGAAGGAGGAGGUGAAGGUGCCGUUUCAUGAGCAUGUCUUCCUGCAGCGCCACCUGGAGGACGGUUUUCCUCAGCAUGGCCCCGUCAGACACUUCAUGGAGCUAGUGGUCACUGGACUGUCCAAGAACCACCAUCUCACUGUCACUGAAAAACUGGAGCACAUCGCCUGGUUCCGAGACUACUUCCUGCAGAAACAGGAAAUCCUCAGCGAGGCUGAGGCAUGACUGUCCUCGUCUGGCCUACAUGUUACCGUAGAAACAUGCACAGGGUCCUGCCUACUUCACUGCUAAACUAGAAGCUCUGCACUUCAGUUCACUGUUAGCAGAAAACUAAAGGAGGAAAACUUUCGACUCGGUCCAUGAGCAGGCGGAGUACCGUGGACGGUUUAUUCCGUGAGACUGUGUGUGUAAUUACUGACGGCGUUUAUCCCCUGCUGAGCGGCGCGGGUUAGCACGCUCACGGAAGGAUAAAAGUCUCCAGUAUGAAGUUACUCCAGUCAAGGCGCAGUGUCUGAAGUGCAACAUUGAUAAAGGGAAGCAGCUUCAGUAUUUUAUUAAACGACUGAAUGAAUAAAGGAUUCAUCUGAUGACACAAAA